AUGUUCUUUCUCUUGCGCUACCUUCUCUAUUUCCUAGGCUUCUACUUCGGCACCAUGCUCUCCUGCUUCGCUCUUUAUGCCUAUCUCCCGAAGCCUCCCAAGAUUCUGGGCUUCGUCGCCCGCACCAUGGCCGCCUACAUCAGCCUCAUAGCCUGCGCAGCUUAUGGCACAGUAUCCUCUGCCAUCCUCCGAGUCCUGGGACUACAUUUUGCAUACGCACAAUGGACGACAGCCAAGGCAUUCAAAAAUCUCUGCAUCUAUACUGUGGGCGUGAAAUUCGACGUCUUGGACAACGGCUACGAGAUCCUAAACGGCACCCGCCCAGCCGUCUUCAUCGUCAACCAUCAAACAGAGCUAGACGUACUGUUGCUGGGCUGGAUAUGGCCAAAAUACUGCUCCGUCACAGCAAAGAAACAACUCCGCAGCAUUCCGUUCUUGGGCUGGUUUAUGACCCUCUCUGGCACCGUUUUCAUCGAUCGAGUGGACAGAAAUGCGGCCAUGAAGGCAUUUGAGGGAGCGGCUAAGACCAUGCGAGAGAAGAGACAGAGCGUUGUCAUCUUCCCCGAGGGAACAAGAAGUUAUUCCGUCGAACCAAUGCUGCUGCCUUUCAAGAAGGGUGCGUUCCAUCUGGCUGUGCAGAGCGGUGUGCCUAUUGUACCGGUUGUCGCAGAGAACUAUAGCAGUGUGUUGAACCUCAAAGCUAAGAGGUUUACUGCCGGCACAAUCAGAGUCAAAGUUCUCGAUCCCAUUCCGACGAAAGGCCUCACUGCGGCGGACAUUGACAAACUAACACAAGACACUCGCGAAAAGAUGCUCAGGGUCAUCACGGCCAUGGGUAACGAUCCAGAAUCACGAUCCCUACACAACAAAAAGGAUUCCUGA